AUGAUUCGAUUUCUGGAUAUUAACACUGACUGUUUGAUGAAGAUAUUUUCAUUCUGCAGUGAAAAUGACUUGCAAAACCUUUGUAAAGUUCAUUGGGUUUUGAAGGAAAUCAUCGAAAAUAAUAUUUUCAGCCUCAAAACUCUGGAUCUGCUUAUGUGCGGGCGUCGUAAUAAUCCAAGCAUAAUGAAACGCACCCAAUGUUCCCUUUCGUUUGGACAUCGGAUGACAAUUGCUCAAAAUUGGUUAAAUGGCUGUUAUCGUGAACAACAAUACUUCCAUCGUUCUAAAAUGUUUCCAACAAAACUGAUACUCGAUAGAGAUUGGUUGUAUUUGUCGUACGCCAGCUAUAUAAGUCAACACAAGCGUUUGAAGAACGAAGCAGUUCAAAGAAAAUAUAACAAUGAAAUUUCAUCAGUGAACAAUAGUGACAUAGCAGAUUUUACCAAAAAGCGUGAUUCCAUAUUUGCUGGCAGAGUAUCUGGCACUUGUUUUAUAUAUGAAGACGGGUAUUUAACGGAACAACAGCUUCAUUCUCCCAAAGAAUAUAUGAGAUGUGUUGACUUUGAAUGUAAUAUGUAUGCAACAAGUACCGAUCACUGUGCAAAAAUAUGGCGUAGAACGGAGGAAAUGGGUCUAUUAUAUCUGGAUUUAAUGUCAAAUUCAAAUCUCUCGUACAAAACAUUGCAAUUCAAUAACAGUGGAACCCGUCUAUAUGGUGGUCUAUAUGAUUCCAUCAUAGAACGCCGCGCUCUGCAUGAAAUCGAUGUUGAAAGCGGGAUUGAAACUGUAUUAAAUUCAAAUACAAUUUCAAUAUACGAUCUCAAAAUCAAAGAUGACAAUGUGCUUUUCACCGCUAACUUCGAUACAACCUUUCGAAUGUAUGACCGUCGUUCGGACAAAGACGAACAUAUUUGGGAGGAUCCUUUCGAUUCAUCUUUUUAUUGUCUGGACUACGAUGGUUUAUAUGCAGUUUUGUGUGGGACCAAACAUCAUAGUCGGGUCAAUUUAUACGACAUACGUGUACCGGGGAAGCACAUGCAGUUAUAUUUCCCACAGUCCAGAGACAAACGUCGACGAGAUUUUUCAUCAUCUCCAGUAUACAGUAUAGCCUGUGACAGCCGAUAUUUAUUCGUGGCCACUGAUCGCAGUGUGCAUGUAAUGGACUUCAAAGUGAGUUGCGCAACAAGUAGAGACUACAGUCGUAUCAAUGUGUUUCGUUAAUU